AUGACGCCCUCUCUCCCCGUCAUCGUCAUCGGCAUCAUCCUCAUCCUCGGCGCCCCCAUCCUCCUCCACCUCCUCCUGUCCUCCUCCUCAACCUACACCACGCCCCCGAGCGUCCUCCUCCUCGGCCCCGACAACGCCGGCAAGACAGCCCUCCUCACCCUUUUCGAGCGCGGCUCCCAGCCCGCCGCCACGCACACCUCCCAGGUCGCGCACUCCAUCGAGCUCAACGCCUCCACCGACUCCGUCACCAGGAGCUCGUUCCGGAACCACGACGACGCGACGGGCACGCACACCAAGUUCUUCCUGGUCGACACCCCCGGCCACGGAAAGCUGAGGAACGUCGCCAUGGGACGACUCGCGCGCACGGAAAAGGUCAAGGCGGUCGUCUUCAUGGUCGACGCCGCCGCUCUCGGCGAGCAUGACAUCCUUGCGCCCACCGCCGCCUAUCUCUACGACGUCCUGCUGUUUCUGCAGAAGAAGGCCACGUCCAAGGGCAAGGACAAGGCCUCCAUCCCGGUCCUCAUCGCAGCCAACAAGAUGGAUCUCUUCACCGCGCUGCCUGCCACCAUGGUCAAGUCGCACCUCGAGGUGGAACUGUCCCGCAUUCGCGCCUCCCGCAGCAAGGGCCUGCUUGACUCGGGCGUCGGCAUGGACGAUGUUGGUUCCGAGGAGCAGGAUGGCUGGUUGGGCGAGUAUGGAUCGGAGAAAUUUACUUUCCAGCAAAUGGGCGAAUUCGACAUCAACGUUGAGGUGCUGCCCGGCAGCGUCUUGACGGAGGAGCCUGGUGCCGACAAGUGGUGGUGGUGGAUCGCUCAGAGGAUAUAA